UCUUAUCAAAAUUACAUGGCAGAAAAAAACACAUAAAUGAAAAAGCAGCUGACAUGAAAGGUGUAGCGUUGUUAUAUACUCUCCUCGCUUGCUCGGUGGCGAUAUUUGGGGAAACAGAAAAACCGGGGUUUUUGCCGAACGGAUGUCCAGAGACUAACAUGACUUGGUUGCUUCCACAUGAAACAGAUUGCACUUUGUUCUAUAUCUGUAAUUUGGGAGGUCGGGUGCUGAGACAAUGUGGGCCAGGCACUCAUUUCAACAGAGAUUUACAGAUUUGUGAUUGGCCACAGAACGCCAAAUGUACAACUAGCUCGCAACCAACAACUCCAGGACCAAGUAUGGAAGGACCUACAACUCCAGGACCAAGUAUGCAAGGACCUACAACUGCAGGACCAACUAUGCAAGGACCCACAACUCCAGGACCAACUAUGCAAGGACCGACUAGUGAAAAAAAUGGACCAACCACAUCGGAGCCAAUCCCUCCUGAAAUAAGUGCCCCUGCAUCUACAGCCCCAGAACAAAGCCAGAGCUAACUUCAUCAGUCCCAAUAACUACAUAAAUUAUUACCCCAGGAACUAUUGUCCGACCAAAACUGGGGCCGUACCAUGAAACCGUUUUGAGACUCAAACAAUCGUACGAGAAUGCCACAUCCUACUCUAAUGAACGAGAAAUGACGUUGUUAAAGCAGGACGCGGCAUUCUCGUUGGAUUGUUUGAGUCUCAAACGGUUUCGUAGUAGGCCACCUGAUUUUCAGCCGAAACCAAAACCAAACUUUCGGUCUUACUGUCUGUUUUGCUUUUGGCCGAAACCGAAAUUUGAUAAAACAUUUAAAAUUACAAUUAUUCACUCAAAUUUUCUGUGUUUUGACAUAUUUUAUUAACACGUAAGAAAAAUUGUCAAAUCG